CUGUUCCACCCUUCCUAUUCACACUAUUCCAGUGCAUUUUCUCUUUCUCUCUAUUCGGUCCCGCUGUUUUUCUGCAAACAGUCCUGCUCCUGAUUUUUCCUGUUUUUGUUUCCCAGCACUUGCUCUUCAGCUGGAUCUGACCCACCCCUCUCCGUCCCCUACCUUGGUCUUCCGUCUCUAUGGUAACAAGCCAGGUUGGGCCCAGGGGCCUAGAAGCUGGGGACUUGCCUGACCGACCCAGUCCAGCCUGGAAAACAGUUUGGGCCACGUACACCACAGUCUUCAUUCCUCUCAGCAGCAGUCUGUACAGCAGCAAGGCACUAAACUUCUUCCUGUGGCUGAAGCAGAUGAAGGAGUUGGAGCAGGAGAAAGAUACACUGUUGGCAGGACUGGAAGUAUUGGAUCAGGCCCGGGAGUGGAUUCAGGACCAGAUCCAGCUUGUGACUGAGAGACAGAGGCACAUGGGCCAAAGCAACCACUGCAUGGAUUUUAUCUCAGAACCUAGCCAUAGUCGCCUGAACAUCCUGCUACCCAAAUUACAACUGGUCAACCACUGCCUCAGUGACCUCCUGUCUUGCUCUGGUAUGGAAGUGAGAGAAAAGAGUGACAUGAUCACUCAGCUUCAACAAGAUAAAUCUGCAUUGAUAAAGAAGCUUUUUGACCAACAUGCUCGAAGCACUCAAGAUGACAGCACUCUGGACUCCACCUUCAUCUAACUGCACACAAAGGGGUGGUGCCACUGCAUCAAUUGCCAUUAGACCUCUCCCACAAGGGCAGCAUCCUGGAUCCUGACUACAUUUGACCAAGCCCAUUUCCCUUGACUCCACCUAUCUCUGACCCUCCCCUAAGGACAUGUCCAUUAGUUUAAAGAUCCUCUAAAGCAGAAUUGCUACUGGAUAGGGUGGUUAAUAAGACAAAGAUCAAGCACUUGAGUUCAAAAGUUUUCCAUUCUAUUGCUACAGUGUCCAAUAACAAAAUAAACUAUCCCCAAACAAUG